AUGGUGCCAAAGAAGCGAAGACGGAGAGAUCCAAGGCCGGGAGUGCUUAUUACUGAGCCAGUACAACAAUCAGUUUCUAUAGUUGAACCAACCCAGGUUCUAGAAGAUGUUCAAAGCCCAAUCGUUGAACCAAUCCCAGGAAGUUCUUCUGCUCCACCACCUCCAGAGCACGAUGCUACAUCCAUUAAGCUGGCCAAGAUUCUUAUUUUUCAAGACUCUAUUCAUCAGUCGAGAGGAAAUGGUAUAUGUAUUUGUUCUGGACAAGGAGGUGAUGAGGACUUACAACACACUAUCUCUGAGCUUAGACAAGAGAUAUUGAUUUUGAAGCAGGAAUCCAUUGAAAAUGAUCUGCUAAUCGGGAAGUUAGAUAGCCCUUACCCUCCUGUUGCAUUGGAAAACCCUAAACCUAGUUCUUUCUCACAGCCGCCAUGUGAAACCUCCAGCCGCCCCUCCCACCUACUCGACCUCCGGCACCGCACUACCACCGGAUACCGCCACAUUGUGGUCGCUGAGGAUGUUGAGCCGUCAUCCGUGACCUCACCUGUCGUCAAUAUAGAGUCGCACAGCCACCAGGCGAACACCGAGCAUCCAUCAGCCUCCUUCUCUUUCUCAUUCUUAGGCUGUCGCUGCUUCUUCGUGGUUCCGAUCAGGCGACUCCGACGAGCCUUCCGUUUCUUAGCCUUACGUCAUCAGUCACUGUUUGCAUCAUCAGCCCGGUUCCACCGCCGCCUCGUCGACAAACACUGCCGAACCGCCACCCAUCACCAUUGA